AUGAUCACCCCCCAGGCGCAGGCUGAGGGCUUGCGGGCUCAUGAGGUUAUGACAACCACCCGUGCUGCCCGGGAAGCUAUCCGUGCAGCGGCUAAAGUAGUAGCCAGUCCGUCCCCAUGGUCAACCAUCAAACAGAGUGAGAGCGAGAGCUUCACUCAGUUUGUGGACAGACUUCAGGCAGCAUUGGACUCCUCCUCGUUGCCGUCGGGGGCUAAGGGUCCUGUGCUGGCAGACUGCCUGCGCCAGCAGUGGGCCGGCGCCACGCCACGCCGGGCCAGGGAGCUGCAGGACGCGGCUGCCCGUUAUGGGACAACUCUGGAACAAUGGGAGGAACAGGGUCAGGCCCUGGGCAGGGAGGAGGGGGCCGAGGUGGUGGCCGGGCAUGGAGCCCAGGUGAGGAGAGAGGUCAUGGUGGCUGCCAGCGAGGCAACAAGGGCCACCAUGGUGAGACAGCGGCUGGAGGUGGCCCUGGGGCUGCUGGAGCGCUUGGUGGCCGCGUGUGACGAAGCCACCGCGUUCCCCCGGGAGCUGGAGCACCUGCCCUAUGAUAUGAAUGCCACCCUGGAGGGGAGAAAGAAGAAGUCCUCCCAUGUCCCUGAGGCCUUGGUGGCCAAGGCGGCCCUAGCCAAGCAGCUGUGGGAGGCCAAUGCCCGCCAAGCCAUGGCUCACUUGGUGAGGACAUUUCCAGACUACAUCAAGUUCUUGUUCCCUGCCGGUCCCUCCAGCCCCAGUGCCUGUGGGGUGGCCGAGUGGUGCCAAAGAGCCAUCGAAGACAUCCCAAGGCUUGUUCGACCCCUGGAGCAUCCCCAAGGUGUCCCCAAGGAGGCUGUAAGUUCCACCAGGUCCCUGACACCUCCCCUGUCCCCUCCCCAGCUGUCCCCGGCCCUGCUGCAGCCACAGGUCACCGUGGUGGCCAUCCUGGGUGAGCUGCUGGACACCCUGCCCAGGCUGGACGAGGAGAUGCUGUUGCUCAGGUAUUCAGUGAGACUGUACCGGCGCCUGGAGGACUUCACGAGGAACAUCCGGGUCACCCUGUACUGCAUUGAGGGCACCUGGUGGCGCUGCAAUGUCACCUCCGAUGAUGAUGGCCCUGUCACAUCCCUGAGCCAGGCCCUGGUCGCCUACAAGAGCACCCCAGGGAUCACCUGGGACCAUGUGACAAUGGCAGCCAGGAAGUGGCAGAGGUCGGCGCAUGUGCUCGUGGACAGGUGGGCCAAGCUGGCCAGGGCAGCCACCAAGCUCCGCAUCACCUGCAGCGAUUUGGCCACCCAGGCGGCCGACAGGGCAGCCACAGCCACUGCCCGGGCCAGGGAGCUGCAGGCCAAGGCUGCCCGUGAUGGGACAGCUCAGGAAAACAUGGUGGAGCUGGGUCAGGCCCUGGGCAGGGAGGAGGGGGCCGAGGUGGUGGCCGGGUAUGAAGCCCAAAUGAGGAGAGAGGCCAGGGUGGCUGCCAGUGAGGCAACAAGGGCCACCAUGGUGAGACAGCGGCUGGAGGCCACCCUGGAGCUGCUGGAGCGCUUGGUGGCCGUGUGUGACGAAGCCACCGCGUUCCCCCGGGAGCUGCAGUGGCGGCUCAGGGACACCGAGAGCACCCUGGAGGGCACAAAUGAGGCUUCCCCCGAUAUCCUCGAGGCCUUGGUGGCAAAGUUGGCCAUGGCCGAGCGGCUGUGGGAGGCCAACAACCGCCUGGCCAAGGAUCACCUGCUGGGGACACUUCAAGACAUCAUCGCCGUCUAUUUCACCAGUGGUCCCACCAGACCCAGGGCCUGUGAGGUGGCUGAGCAGUGCCAAAGAGCCAUUGAGGACAUCCCAAGGCUCCUUCGACCCCCGGAGUAUCCCCAAGGUGUCCCCAAGGUGUUCCCAGUGAGCAUGGAGCUCCAAGAGCUGUCCCCAGCCCUGCUGCAGCCACAGGUCACCGUGGUGGCCACCCUGGGCGAGCUGCUGGACACCCUGCCCAGGCGGGAUGAGAUUCUGCUGCCCGUGUCUGCAUUGAGCCUGUACUGGGACCUGGUAGACUUCACCAGGGACCUCCGGGUCACCCUGUACUGCGUUGAUGACACCUGGUGGCGCUGCAAUGUCACCUCCAAUGAUAAGAAUCCCGACACCACCCUGAGCCAGGCCCUGGAAGCCUGGGGGAGCAGCCCAGGGAUCACCUGGAAUGAUGUGACAAUGUCCACCAGUGAGUGGCAGGGGAUGGUGUCUGUGCUUGUGGACAGAUGGACCCGGCUGGCCAGGGCAGCCACCAAGCUCCACAACACCUGCAGAGACGUGGCCACUGAGGCGGCCGACAGGGUGGACACCGCCAGAGAGCGGCAGGAUGAGGCUGCCAUUUUUGUACGAGAUCAGGAAAACAUGUUGGAGCUGGGUCAGGCCCUGGGCAAGGAGGAGGGGGCCGAGGUGGAGGACUGGUAUGAAGCCCAGAAGAGGAGAGAGGCCAUGGAGGCUGCCAGCGAGGCAAGAAGGGCCGCCAUGGUGAGAGAGCGGGUGGAGGCGUCCCUGGGGCUGCUGGAGCGCUUGGUGGCCGCGUGUGACGGAGCCACCGCGUUCCCCCAGGAGCUGCAGCGCAGGGUUGGGGACAUUGAGGCUGCCCUAAAGGGGACAAAUGAGGCAUCCCCCAAUGUCCCCGAGGACUUGGUGGCCAAGGUGGCCGAGGCCAAGCGGCUGUGGGAGGCCAACGCCCGCCUGGCCAAGGAUCACCUGCUGGGGGCAGUUCCAGACAUCAUCAAGUUCUUGUUCAAUGGUGGUCCCAACAGCCCCUGUGAGGUGGCUGAGCGGUGCCAAAGAGCCAUCGAGGAUAUCCCAAGGCUUGUUCAACCCCCGGAGCAUCCCCAGAGCGUUCCCAGGGUUUCCCCGCUGUCCCCGGCCCUGCUGCAGGCACAGGUCACCGUGGUGGCCACCCUGGGAGAGCUGCUGGCCACCCUGCCCAGGCGGGACGAGGAGAUGAUGCUGCUGCUGUUGCCCCCAGGGUGCCUGCACGAGGACCUGGACGAAUUCACCUAUGAGCUCUUGGAAACCAUGGGGUACACUGAGUGUCUCUGGUACCACUGCAAGCACCCUGACAGAAUUGGUGACCCUGUCACCUCCCUGAGCCGGGCCCUGGCUGCCUACGAGAGCACCCCAUGGACCACCUGGUUUAAUGUGAGGAUGGCAGCCCCCGACUGGCAGUGGUUGGUGUCUCUGCCUGUGGACAGCUGGACCAAGCUGGCCAGGAAGGCCAAGAAGAUCUGCAAUGCCUGCAAGAAGGUGGCCAUUGAGGCAGCCUCUGAGGAGGCCGCCGCAAGCGCCCGAGCGAGGAAGCUGCAGGACAAGGCUGCCCGUUAUGGGACCUCUCAGGAAAACAGGGGGGAGCUGGGUCAGGCCCUGGGCAGGGAGGAGGGGGCCAAGGUGGUGGCUGGGGGUGAAGCCCAGGUGAGGAGAUUGGCCAGGGUGGCAGCCACCCAGGCAACCAGGGCCGCCAGGAAGAGAGAGCGGCUGGAGGCGUCCCUGGGGCUGCUGGAGCGUUUGGUGGCUGCGUGUGACGAAGCCACCAAGUUCCACCAGGAGCUGCAGCAAAGGGCUGGGGACAUCAAGGCUGCCCUGAAGGGGACAAAUGAGGCAUCCCCCGAGGUUCCCAAGGACUUGGUGGCCAAGGUGGCCGAGGUCGAGUGGCUGUGGGAGGCCAACACACACCUGGCCAUGGGUCACCUGAAGGGGGCAGUUGGAGACAUCUGGAAGUUCUAUUUCGAUGGUGGUCGCGAUAGCCCCACUGGGGUGGCCGAGAGGUGCCAAAGAGCCAUCAAGGACAUCCCAAGGCUCCUUCGACCCCGACCACGUCCCCAAGGUGUCCCCAAGGUGUCCCCAGUGAGCAGGGAGCUCCAAGAGCUGUCUCUGGUCCUGCUGCAGCCACAGGUCACCGUGGUGGCCACCCUGGGUGAGCUCCUGGACACCCUGCCCAGGGUGGACGAGGAGAUGCUGGUGUUCAUGUCCCCAGGGUGCCCGUACUGGGUUCUGGAGGAACUCACCAAUGAGCUCUGGGCCACUAUGAAUGGAAUUGAUGACACCAGGAGGCACCACAAUGUCACCUCCAGUGAUGAUGACCCUGUCACCUCCCUGAGCCAGGCUCUGGCCGCCUACAAGAGCACCCCAUGGACAUCCCGGAAGCGUGUGACAAUGGCGGCCAGCGAGUGGCGGGGGUCUGUGGCCGCGCUUGUGAAAAGCUGGGCCCAGGUUGCCAGGAAGGCCACCAAGCUCCAUGACACCUGCAAGAAGGUGGCCUCUGAAGCGGCCAAAAGAGCAGCCACCACCACCACCUGGGCCAGGGAGCUGCAGGACGAGGCUGCCCAUGAUGGGACAGCUCAGGAAAACGUGGGGGAGCUGAGUCAGGCCCUGGGCAGGGAGGGCAAAGUGAGGAGAGAGGCCAUGGUGGCUGCCAGCCAGGCAACAAGGGCCACCAUGGUGAAACAGCUGAUGGAGGCGGCCCUGGGGCCUCUGCAGCGCUUGGUGGCCGCGUGUGACGAAGCCACCACGUUCCCCCGCGUGCUGCAGCGCAGGGUUGGGGACAUCGAGGCCAGCCUGAAGGGGACAAAUGAGGUGUCCUCCAAAGUCCCUGAGGAUUUGGUGGCCCAGGUGGCCGAGGCCGAGCGGCUGUGGGAGGCCAAUGCCCGCCUGGCCAAAUAUCACCUCCUGGGGACACUUCAAGAGAUCAUCGACUUCUAUUUCACUGGUGGUCCCACUGGGCCCAGUGACUGUGCGGUGGCCGAGCGGUGCCAAAGAGCCACUGAGGACAUCCCAAGGCUCCUUCGACCCCCAGAGAGUAUCCAAAACAUUCCCAAGGUGUCCCCAGUGAGCGUGGAGCUCCAAGAGCUGUCCCCGGCCCUGCUGCAGCCACAGGUCACCGUGGUGGCCAUCCUGGGUGAGCUGCUGGCCACCCUGCCCAGGCGGGACGAGGAGAUGCUGCCCGUGUCCACAGUGAGACUGUACUGGGACCUGGUGGACUUCACUGAGAACCUCCGCAUCACCCUGUACUGCACAGAUGACACCUGGUGGCACCGCAAUGUCACCUACAAUGAUGAUGACCCUCCCACCUACAAUGAUGGUGACCCUCUCACCUCCCUGAGCCAGGCCCUGGCUGCCUGGGAGAGCACCGAAUGGACCACCUGGGACCAUGUGACAAUGGUGGCCAGCAAGUGGCAGGGGUCGGUGUCCGUACUUGUGGGCAGGUGGGCCCAGCUGGCCAGCAGGGCCACCAAGCUCCACAACACCUGCAAGGAGGUGGCCACUGAGGCGGCCAACAGGGUGACCACUGCCACCACCCGGGCCAGGGAGCUGCAGGACGAGGCUGCCCGUGAUGGGACAGCUCAGGAAAACAUGGUGGAGCUGGGUCAGGCCCUGGGCAGGGAGGAGGGGGCCGAGGUGGUGGCCGGGCAUGGAGCCCAGGUGAGGAGAGAGGCCAGGGUGGCUGCCAGCGAGGCAACAAGGGCCACCAUGGUGAGACAGCGGCUGGAGGUGGCCCUGUGGCUGCUGAAGCGCUUGGUGGCCACAUGUGACAAAGCCACCGCGUUCCCCCGGGAGCUGCAGCGCCUGCUCGGGGACAUCGAGGCCGCCAUGAAAACGACAAAUUGGGCAUCCCCUGAUCUCCCUGAGGGCUUGGUGGCCAAGGUGGUCGAGGCUGAGCGGCUGUGGGAGGCCAACGCCCGCCUGGCCAAGGGUCACCUGCUGGGGGCAGUUCCAGACGCCAUCAAGUUCUAUUUCACUGGUGGUCCCGCCAGCCCCAGUGCCUGUGGGGUGGCCGAGCGGUGCCAAAGAGCCACCGAGGACAUCCCAAGGCUCCUUCAAACCCCAGAGAGUCCCCAGAGCGUCCCCGAGGUGUCCCCAGUGAGCAUGGAGCUCCCAGAGCUGUCCCCUCCCCAGCUGCUGGAGGCUCUGGUGUCCGUGGUGGCCACCCUGGGUGAGGUGGCAGCCACCGUGACCGGGCCACACCGGGGCGUGCGGCGCUGUGUGCCCCCAAAGUUGCUGCACGCGGCCCUGAGGAUCUUCACCUGGAGCCUGCGUAACAGUCUGGAAGAUCCCCGUGACACCUCCAUGGGUGACUCUGGUGUCCCCUCCCUGGGCCAGGCCCUGGCCACCCUCAGGGCCACCCCUGGGGCCACCUGGGCCGAUGUGAGAGCCGCGGGCAGCGCCUGGUGGAAUUUGGUGGCUGUGCGUGAGGAGAAAUGGAAACAGCUGGUCGAGGAGAUCACCAAGCUCCGUGAUGCCUGUGAGGACGCGGCCCUCGCCUGGGCCAGGGAUCAGCAGGACAAGGCCACCCGCAGGGGGACAGCUGGGGACAACCCUGUGGCCACAGCCCAGCAGCUCAUGGUGGCCCUGGACAGGAAUGAGGAGGCCUCGGCAGGGGCUGCACAUGGUGCCCAGGUGGUGGCGGCCACCAAUGAGGCCAUGGGAGAGGCUGUGGUGGCCACCAGGCGGGCGAGGGCAACCACCAGGAAGAGACAUUGGGCAGAGGUGGCCCUGGAGCCGCUGCAGCGUUUGGUGACAACGUGUGACAAAGCCACUGAGUUUAUCAGUUACAUGGAGUGCCAGCUCAGGGACAUCGAGGCUGCCCUGGAGGGGACACAGGAGGCAUCCUCUGAUGUCCCCGAGGCCUUGGUGGCUGCGGUGGCCAAGUUUGAGCAGCUGUGGGAGGCCAGCGCCCGCCUGUUCAAGCAUCACCUGCUGGGGACACUUGGGGACAUCCACGACCUCCUCUUGAGUCCCUAUGGUGGCCGCGGUGGCCCCGAUGGCCCUGGCAGCCGUGCGGUGGCCGAGCGGUGCCAAAAAGCCAUCGAGGACAUCCCAAGGCUGCUUCAGGACAGUGACAUCACUGCUGCGAUGUCAUAG